AUGUUUGGGCACGAUUCUUGUCAAGCUAAGGUCAUCUUGUCUUACAAAGUAGACAUAGUUAACCUAGACGAGGUUUUAGUGGAUAAAAAUUCCUUGGCCAUUAUUAGAUCCGACAAGGCUUCUUCUUGGCGACUUGAGGUGCCACUUCCUGAAGAUGUAGGGUCCGAGGAGGUGAUCCCCGAAAAGAAAAAGAAGAAGAAGAUAAAGGUAGUUAAAAAAAGAAAGGUAGUUUCCCCGAGACACACGUCUAUUUUGAAUAGAUUUGAAAAGAUCCAUGUAGCUCAGGCUAGGAAAUGCGAGGUGAGGCACUACAAGGAACUCAUAACCCCUAAGAACUUAGCCAAGCAUGGGCUAGGUCCCCAGUUCAAGCAUUCCCAGCUAGAGAAGCCAAAACCAUCCAGGCCGAGGAAAUUACUUCUGAUUCUUAAGAAGGCCUGGGCUAAGAAGAGACAGGCCAAGUUAGUUAAGGAGUCUGAAGCUUCCAAGCAGCUUCCUCCUCGUGAUGUGACCCUGCGGAGCUCUAAGUGGACUUUGCUUUCCAACCUUCCUUUGUCUCAAGUGGGGGCUGAAGGGGUCGUAUCUAGAGAAGGGCAAGAAGAAAAGGCCAAGAACAAGACCAUUGAUGAGCUACAGAAGGAGGUUGCAAGCAGUUAUGUCGAUGGGUAUGAAGAGUUGAGGGACCAAGUGAAGAAUAAAUAUCCUCAGGACAAAUUUCCAGAUCUUGACUUCGAUUCUCUCGAUCCUUCACUUUCUGAAGAGGAGGCUGAGGAGAAUGAGGGAACAACUGAAGGAGGUAUAGGGGAAAGAGUUGCAGAUGACCCAAGUACUUCUGCAGGGGAUAACAAUAUGGUUGUCCAAAUGCUUAAACAGAUUUUGGCAAACCAAGAGGAGUGGCAAAAAGAAAUGAAUGAGUGUCAACAAGAAAUGCAGAAGUCUCUCAAGCAAAUCCGUGAAUACACAAAAGAGUCUCUCAAGCAGCUCGAUGGAGACACGAAGGAGUCUCUCAAACAACUCCGUGAAGACACCAAAGACUCUCUUAAGCAGCUUGAGAUUAAAUUGUUACUGCAAAAAAAAAUGAGUAGUACUUAAAUUUAGUUGUUGGAUUGUAGAUAAAAUUUUAGUUGUUGGAUUGUAAAUUUAAGUAUGUAAUUUUGUU